AUGGCUUUGAGCUAUUGCUCCAACUGGGGACAUCUGAAUCCAGACAUGAGUGUGUUUCCACAAGCACAACCAGAGCUGCCCAUAGAACUACUUGGCUUCUAUGACAGCCUUGAAGUGUCAGACACUUGUAUUGAUCCGUUCUUCGAGCACGACGAUCAGUUUUUUUAUUCAGAUGAGACCCAUCUCCUGCCGUACUUGUCUUCUCCAAUGGACCAUAUCAACUCUCUCACUCCUGAACUCGUUCCGCUACAAGAAUUCGAGCACUAUCCGUACCCAAAACGCCAAAAGAGCUAUGAAGACUGCUUUUAUUCGGACUUCGUGAAUGGUUUCUACAAUGGGUGUGUUCCAAAUCCGUGUUUGCUCUCACCGGAACUUUUUGUUCCGUUACCGGAGUUUCAGAGUCCUCCUCCGUUGGCUAAUAAUUGUGGGAGUAGUGUUGAGAGUGUGAGGAAACCGAAUGGAGGGAGCUCGACCGCGCAGAGCGUCGCUGCGCGGCAGAGGAGGAGGAAGAUAACAGAGAAGACUCAAGAGCUUGGGAAGCUUAUUCCUGGUGGCCACAAGAUGAACACUGCUGAAAUGUUCCACGCUGCUUUCAAUUAUAUCAAGUACUUGCAGGCACAAGUUGGAAUUUUCGAAUCCAUGGCCUCAUUUCAGACAAAUGAGGAACCAUUGGAUACACAAGAACUUCAAAAUCUUGUGGCAUCACCAUUAAUCCAAGAGAAGUUGUACUCAGAGGAGAAGUGUUUGAUUUCUAAACAAUUCGUUGAAACCCUAGCACAUGACCAUGGACUCCAAUCAAACCCUAUGAUCUCGAAGAACAUCAAUCAGCUCAUCCAAACUGAUGACGGAUAUGGAAUAAAGAGUGAAGCAGACAAUGGAGGAAAAUUUUGA